CUUGUUGACAUAUAAAGUGCAGGAGGCACUCGCAUUCAAACUCCACCAGACCGCAAACACCGGAAGACCAAAGAACACCAAUGUCCACUCAAAUCACCAAGAAGCUCAAACUCCUCAUCACAGGCUUGAAUGUCCACGCCGACAUUCCAACCUCCUUCCGCGAGCUCUUCGGCACACCCGACGAGAUACAAGCCGCAAUCACGGCCGACGAGAACCGUAUCCGCGACGUAGGCUUUGAUGUCACAUCCUACCAGAUCGACGAUACGAAAGCCGAGGCUGGGCUUAAAUGGGUCGAGAGCAAGCUUUGCUCGGAGCAUUUCGAUGGCGUUAUGAUUGGCUCGGGACUGCGCCUCAUUCCAACUCAGACAGUGUUAUUUGAAAGUGUUGUGGAUGUGUGUAGGAGGAUCAAACCGGAUGCGGUUUUUAUGUUCAAUGGCGGGCCAGGGACGAAUUGGGAGACGUUGCAGAGAAAUUUGAGGAGAUUGCAAUGAGUGGUGGCCUGUUACAAUCAGCAAGAAUGCGUCUGGAGUACAAGUCAGCUUCAGAGAUCUGGACGCGCGGUAUCAAUAGGAUCACUUGCCUCUGUGCUUCACCUGUUGCACGCCUUCGAG